AUGGCCGCGGGACCGCAUCACGACCAGGCCAUACAUCUAGUCGGCGGGCCUUGCACCGGCAAGACGCGCACUGCUGAAGCCAUCGCCGAAGUGUGCCAAAAGCAACUCAUCACCAUCAACGCGUAUGACUUGGGCAUCAAUUCGUCCAUUGUAAAGAGGAAGCUACGGGGGGUUUUCAACACGGCAUGUGCGCGGAAUACCUGGGUGCUUAUCAAGCGCAGCGACGAGUUUCUAGCGAAGCCGACAACGUCUGACUCGAAAACCUGGCGGGAGCUCAAGUCUACUUUCCGCCAGUGCGUCAGGGACUUUGAGGGCUUGGUGCUCUUCAGCAGCGACCGCAUUCAAGAUCUGCAACCAUGCUUGCAGGGUAGAAUUUCGCUCCAGAUAGACCUGUCCCCUCUCGGACCGGGACAGAGGGAGCGAAUAUGGACGUCAUCUGUGAAGAACAGCGCGUCUUGCGCUGGGCUGCGCCGGUACGAUCUCCCAACAGAUAAGAUGGAGCAGCUGAUCCGUAUAGAUCUGAACCGGAAGCAGAUUGAGAAGGCGGCAGAACGAUGGUAUUGGUCGACCGGCGAUGACGGACUGGAGCUAGAGGAUCUCAUAUCUAUUGCGAGCGAGAUGCAGAAGGUCGGUAGGCGAUGUCGGCCGGCAUAUGCAGAAAUUGACGACGACGGCUACGCCUCCGGCUCCGGCGAAAACCAAAUGGAUGACUGGACCAAGUAG